UAAAUUGUUAACUUUCGAAGUUCAGAUAAGUGGCAACGUUGUUAAAAUUUAUAAAAUUGUCCUGCAACAGAUGAAAGCUAUAUAACUGCAUAGAUUAAUAAUAAAUUGAAUCGGCAUAUAAAACUAGCAUAAACAUUAAGUGUAAUGAAGGCGGUAGAAGAAAAAGCAUUAAGUUCCGGUUUACCACAAAAGCGGUAUUAUCGUCAGCGCGCUCAUUCUAAUCCAAUAGCGGACCACUCUUUUACAUAUCCCGCACAUCCAAGUGAUUUUAAUUGGUCUACUUUAUAUCCACAUAUUUCAUCAAACGAAGAGGUGAAAUUUGCUGACAUUGGUUGCGGUUAUGGUGGAUUUUUGGUUACACUGGGUGAAAUGUAUCCUUCAGUUUAUUCCAUUGGCUUAGAAAUUCGUGUUAAGGUUUCAGAUUAUGUCAUGGAUCGUAUUACUGCACUUCGCGAAAUACAUCCUAACGCCUAUACAAAUAUAGCGUGUAUUAGAACAAAUGCUAUGAAGUAUCUACCAAAUUUUUUCUAUAAGGGUCAGUUAGAAAAAAUAUUCUUUUUAUAUCCAGAUCCACAUUUUAAAAGAGCGAAACACAAAUGGCGUAUAAUUAACCAAGCAUUAUUGUCAGAGUAUGCUUAUGUAUUAAAAGCGGGAGGUAUGGUAUAUAUUAUGACUGACGUAGAAGAUUUGUAUUCUUGGAUUCUAUAUCAUUUAGAAAGGCAUCCAUUAUACGAAAAAGUUGGAGAAAAAGAAAUCGCUUCUGAUCCUCUUACACCAAAAUUGUACCAAAGCAGUGAAGAAGGCGCAAAAGUUGUAAGAAAUAAAGGGCAACACUUUUUAACUGUUUUUAAAAGGAUUUAAGAAUUUUAAUUAUUUGUUUGUUUUCAAAUAUAUUGAUUUCGAUGUCCAAUACCUUUACAA